GGGAGCUUAACACGUGAAAAGAAUAAUAGAAAAUCUAAAGACGCGUUCCUCGCGAACAAGCAACGAAUCAAAGGCGUAUCCAAUACAUAUACACCAACAUAAGCAUUUAAAUAUAGCCUUGGAAAAUGGGCUUCGCUCUGUUGGAACUUCCGGCUGGUGUGGCUCUCUUCAAAGUAGGUGGGGGAAAGCAAACACUAAAAGCACUUCUACACUUCAAAAACACCGCGGAUGCAUUGGAAACGACGACCCGCAUGGUCAACGGUGAGCUCUCGAAGCCGAUGCGCAAGUUUCUCAAGAAGAACUAUUUGGAAAAGGAAAUCACCGAGGAGUUGGCGGUUGCAGACUCGAAGCUAGCCAAGGCUAUUAAGGAGAACCUGUCUAUUUCUUGUGUACAUGGUGACGAUACCCUUCCGACCUUCCGUGCCCUUAAGGAAAACCUUGAUGAGUUGCUCGAGGGGAUUAACGCAGAGCAGCUUAAGCAGACUGCACUAGGCUUGGCGCACAACUUAAACCGUUACAAGUUGAAGUUCUCUCCGGAUAAGGUCGAUAUGAUGGUUGUACAAGCAGUCUCUCUGCUGGAGGACUUGGAUAAGGAAAUUAACAAGUACGCGAUGCGUGCACGUGAGUGGUAUGGAUGGCACUUCCCCGAGCUCGGUAAGAUCAUCAAGGACAACGUCGUUUACGCCAAAAUUAUGCUUGCCAUGAAGACUCGCUUUAACGCUCGCGAUACAGACUUCUCCGAUUUUCUAGAGGAGGAUCUUGAGACAAAGGUGAAGGAUGCGGCGAUGGUGUCCAUGGGUACGGAGAUCGCCGAAGAGGACAUUGAAAGCAUUACGCGGCUGUGUCAAGAGGUGGUUUUCGCGUCAAAGUACCGAGAACAGCUUUCGGCAUAUCUUUCCUCUCGUAUGCAGACCAUCGCUCCCAACCUUACGACGAUGGUUGGAGAGCAAAUCGGUGCACGGCUCAUUCAAAAAGCUGGCUCACUGCUGACGUUAGCGAAGUACCCUUCCUCCACCGUGCAGAUCCUAGGAGCGGAAAAGGCUUUGUUCCGUGCUCUCAAGCAGCGGCAGGCUACGCCGAAGUACGGCAUCCUCUACAACGCUUCCGUCGUAGCCAAGGCAAGCCCAGCCCAGAAGGGAACCAUGUCUCGUGUGCUGGCUGCAAAGGCAUCGUUGAGCGCGCGUAUUGAUUCCUUUGGUGAGGGUGAUAACAGUCCGGCCUUGGAAUACCGUUCGAAAGUUGAGAACCGCCUGAAGCAGUUUGAGGAGGGUAUUGCAUUUGGCAAGAGUGGCAAUGCACGAGGUGCGGGUGCCAACCUGCAGAAGCGCGCCAAUUUUGGUGGUGGUGGUGGUGCCGGCAACUCUUUCAAGCGGCCGCGCGUGGAGAACAAAGGUUUUGCGCGAAAUUGA